UCUGACCAACCACCACAAGCAAAGGAUAGAUUCCUUUCCCUUCGUGUGGCUAAGAAUAAAAUAGGAAGACACACACAGAGCUCACCAUUACCAAACCUCAAAUCAUCAAUUCCAAUUCCCAAUGGCAACACCAGUGAAGGUUUACGGACCAACAUUAUCCCCAGCCGUUUGCAGAGUGUUAGCUUGUCUGAUUGAGAAAGAUGUGAACUUUCAGUUGAUUCCAAUUAACAUGUCCAAAGGCGAACACAAGAAGCCGGAGUUCCUCAAGAUACAGCCCUUUGGCCAAGUACCGGCAUUUCAAGAUGAGAGCAUUUCUCUCUUCGAAUCAAGAGCCAUAUGUCGUUACAUAUGUGAGAAAUAUCCAGAUAAAGGGUACAAAGGAUUAUAUGGAACAAACCCACUGGCAAAAGCUUCAAUAGAUCAAUGGGUAGAGGCUGAGGGGCAGAGCUACAACGCACCAAGCGGAGCCCUGCUGUUUCAGCUUGCAUUAGCGCCGAGGAUGAAUAUCCCGCAAGACCAAGGCAUUAUAAAGCAAAACGAGGAGAAACUAGGAAAAGUGCUCGACGUUUACGAAAAAAGGCUUGGAGAGAGUCGGUUCUUGGCAGGUGAUGAAUUUUCUUUAGCAGACCUGUCGCACUUGCCCAACACUCAGUACCUGGUGGCUGCCACUGACAGGGCAGAGCUCAUAACUUCCAAGCAGAACGUGGGGAGGUGGUGGAGUGAGAUUUCUAACAGGCAAUCAUGGAAGAAGGUAGUUGAGAUGCAGAAAAAUUGAGAUUGGUCCCUCUUGAUCCUCUGCUUCCACACAAGAGUCUGAUUUCAACAGAGAGUGAGCAUUUUCCAAUGUUAUAUUAAAAAAAAAUCACAAUUAUUUGUCUUUUGUUGGCAAUUUGGUCGGCUGACAGCAGAGAUAGCUGUUGCAGUCUUGACGAUAAAAAGAUAUGUAGUUCUUUCUAAAUUAAAAUAAAAACGAUAAAAAGAUAUGUAGUUCUUUCUAAAUUAAAAUAAAAA